GUCGCGGACUCCCUCUCCCCCUCCCUAUGCUCUUCCAGCCACGGGCUAGAAGAAGAGCAACCCUAGCAGGCAGGUUAAGACCUCAACCGGGUACCCUGCUACCCCGAGUCGUCCCUGGACCCGUUCUCAAUCACAGAACCCUAACAUAUAUGUAUAUUCCAACUAUCCGUGUUCAUAGUGAAGUUGCAGUUUUAGUAUUCGUCGGGGCACCUUUUACUCUGGCAUCUUAUGUUGUUGAAGGUGGUUCAUCUAAAAACUUCACAAAAAUAAAGAGACUAGCUUUCUCACAGCCCAAGGAAUAUGUGGUCUGAACUCUAAACCUUCCGUAAAUGGUGUAAAAGGC